AAUAAAAAAUUUUCCCUCACUUUCUUCCACUCCAAACAAUCAAAAACUGAUAUCAAUUUUCUCGGAUUCCGAUUUUAGAUGACAAACGCAAAAGGCGGUACGAUGGCGGUGGUGGAACGGCCUGCUAUUCACCGGCAAAAAUUCGGAGCCUUAUUGCAUUCCGACCCAAACGACGUCGUCCUAUCACCGAGGCGUGAUAGCACAGCCAACCGCGACCGCGACGACGGUAACGGAAACGACAUGUCGUCGCGACGCCACAGCAGCUUCUCUCCAGCGACAACGACGACGGCAGCGGUUAUGAGCCCUGGGUAUUACUACACCGGCAGCGCGUCACCGUCGGUCAGCGUAUCGCCGUACGCCAUGUCGCCGUGGAAUAGCCAGAGCUCUCCGUACACGAAAUCCCCGUGGAUGACGUCAUCACCGAUUAUUUUCAGCCCCUUCGAAGGCGAGAACUUCCCUCGCAACGGAUUGAUCGGAUCUCUCGUCCGAGAGGAGGGCCACGUGUACUCUCUGGCGGUCUCCGGCGACCUCCUCUACACCGGAUCGGACAGCAAGAACAUCCGCGUGUGGAAGAAUCUCAAGGACUUCACCGGAUUCAAAUGCAGUAGCGGAUUAGUCAAGGCGAUCGUGAUCUCCGGCGAUAGAAUCUUCACCGGUCACCAGGACGGGAAAAUCCGCGUCUGGAAAACAUCUCAAAAGAAUCCAAAACUCCACAAGCGCAUCGGAAGCUUACCUUCCUUCAAAGACUCCCUCAAGAGCUCCGUAAACCCGAAGAACUACGUCGAAGUCCGACGACGCCGUAACGUCCUCCGAAUCAGGCACUUCGACGCCGUCUCCUGCAUGAGUCUUAACGAGGAGCAAGGAUUACUCUACUCCGGGUCGUGGGACAAGACCCUAAAGGUAUGGAGAAUCGCGACGUCAAAAUGCCUCGAGUCAAUAACGGCGCACGACGACGCGGUGAACGCAGUCGUUUCGGGGUUCGAUUCGUUGGUUUUCACGGGCUCCGCCGACGGGACGGUGAAGGCGUGGCGAAGGGAGCUCCAAGGGGAAUCGGGCACGAGCAGGCAUUUCUUGUUCCAGAUUUUGUUGAGGCAAGAGAGCGCGGUCACGGCUUUGGCUAUUAAUAAAGAAAACGGCGUCGUUUACUGCGGUUCGUCGGACGGGCUAUUAAACUUCUGGGUUAGAGAGAAGCGGUUAUCGCAUGGGGGCGUCCUCAGGGGACACAAGCUGGCCGUCCUAUGCUUGGCCACCGCGGGGAAUCUCGUCUUCAGUGGAUCGGCGGACAGGAAUAUUUGCGUGUGGAGGAGGGACGCGAGUUGGGCCCACGCCUGCCUCUCGGUGUUGACGGGCCACACUGGGCCGGUUAAGUGCCUGGCUGUAGAGGAAGAUCGGAGCGAUGAUGAAAAGCGCGGUGAUGAUCGCGAUCAGCGGUGGAGAGUGUAUAGCGGAAGCCUUGAUAAGUCGGUGAAAGUGUGGCGCGUGUCGGAGAACGUGCCGGAGCUGAAGCAGAUGAGGGCCUGGGAACAGCAGUGCCCGAGUAAUGGCUACGCGCCUUCGCCCAACGGCCACAAUGGGGUUGGUCGGUUUGUCGUCCGUUCUAACGGAGAGGUCAUCAGCAGCCCAAAACAAAGAAGGCACAUAACAUUCUGGGAAUAAUCUGACGCUCCCAAGACGAUCGUGAACCACACGCCGGAUAGGGUCUGUUGGGGUGGCCGCGUACAUGGCGGCGUUGGUGGUCCCCAACCGUUUUAUUUGUCAAGGUCGCUAGACUUUCGACCCCAUCAUAAAUACCCUUUUUGGCCGUCCUUUUGGGAAUGGGCCAGUAGGAGCUUGCCACGCAAGAUGGAAUAGGUCGACGUCGUUAGCUGCUGUUUCAAGUUACCAAUUAUUUGGACAAAUGACAAAAUGCGUGUGAAUACGUAUAUACGAUUUUUUACCAAAAAGUACAAUUUUGCUUCAAAGUGAAAAAUUACCCAAAAGGAAAGGAGAUUAUAGUGUUAUACAUUUGUUUUUCAUUUUCAUUUUUUUUUUUUUUUGCUUGCUUCCUGGGGGACUAUAUUGUUGACAAGAUUGACUGGUUUUUGUUUGCAAGUUUCUUGUCCUCCUAGGGAAGAUUGAGUGAGUAGUUCUUGAUUUGUAUAGGUGUACAUAUGUCAAGUUUGUACAACUAAUGUUUUAUUGGGUUUCAAUUUGAUGAUAUCAAUUGUUCAAGUUUGUGAAUAUAUAUUAGCGGGUUACGGGCGUGGAAAACGUUGGCUCUGAACCGAUACGAAAGCCUUCCCAUGCUGUAGCGGUAGGAAAUUCGAACUCUAAA